AAAUCAAAUAUAGAAAUUUAUAGACAAUACAACAAAAGUAAGUAGGAAGUAGUGUGUCAUUGUGUAAAACAACGUUUCCAUUUCGAAAUUACAUCCAAUUUUUCACGUUUCAACCAAUAUAAAAUGCGCGAAUCAACUGCCAAAAUACCGACGAGAACAACUUUCCUAGAGAUUUUCCUGAGCGAGAGUUCAGUCAGUCAUCAGUCUCUGUGUUCCUCUUCAUCGGAAUGCAAUCUAGUCUCAAACAAAUCAUAACUAAGAGCAGAUAGGAAGAUUACCGCUUGCUUCAAGUUAUCGACAGUUCCAUGAAAAUACCAGUUUUGAAAGAUAAAAUUUGGUAUCUCACAACUGUGAAAUUUGUCAACAGAAUGAUGUUUAGUCUUUCGUGAAUAAUUUAUUGGUGUACCUCCAGUAAUUUGUGAAAAUUUUGAGUGAUUCAAAAGAGGUGAAAUUGAUUAUUUUCGAUUAGAUGUGCCAUAAAGCUAAAUAUGUAUUAUUCGGACUUAAUUCUGUUUCUACUAGUAUCUUUAUUAAAGACUGUGCAUUCGCAAACCAUAAACCCUUGCCCUGAUAAAUUCUCAUUCAACCCUGAAAGGAACCAGCCUGGCAGAUGGUUUGGAACUGUGAGACUUGUCUAUGAUACAGAACUUAGCGGAGUAUGGCUGAGAUUAAAAUUCGACAGGCCUGUGAUACAACUUGGGAAUUGGUUUGGACAAAUAAAAACUGACGACAACAUUGAAUUCAGAUUAUCAGACAGAUCUUUUCAACUCAAGCCCAAUAUUCCUAAAGAAGUCCUUUUCUUUGUGAAUUACAAUCAGAGGGAUCCUCCACCUGAAUUAGUCAGAAUAAUUUUAAACGGCAGAGUGUUAUGCCCAGUUGGUCAAGAAACAACAUCUACCACUCUUAUUCCAGGACUGGGUGAACCGAUAACAAGCAGACCUUUAUCUUCUCUAAACCAGAAUGCAGGAACCACUACAAGUACCUAUAGACCGUUUAAUGGUCAACAACAGAAUGUCAAUUCUGGUAAUUUCAGGCCUACAACAAGACCUAGCCGGAGACCUACUACAACUGAAUAUGAGAACGAGUCUGAUGAUGAAUUCUUUCAAGGAGAUCUUAGUGGUGCUAGACCUAAUAUCAUGACGCCAUCAAGAGACAAUGUGAAUGAUAUUUGUGGAACUGUGAUUGCACGCCCAAAACCUUUGAUAACCCAUGGAGAUCUAACACACGAGGGUGAGUUUCCAUGGCAUGCUGCGAUUUACCAUUCGAAGGGAGUUAACUUAGUUUAUAUAUGCGGGGCAUCACUCAUCAAUAAAGAAUAUUUGCUAACGGCAGCUCAUUGUGUGACCAAACCCAGAACGGAAACACCAUCCAAAAUAGGAAGCAUGGUGAUCUAUUUAGGCAAGCAUUAUCUGAAGGAAUGGUCUACCAAAGGUAUUCAAGAUAGGAGAGUGUCUAAACUAAUAAUUCAUCCUGAGUUCGAAUCAGAAACAUUCAAGAACGAUAUAGCCAUUAUCAAAGUUUCGGAGCCUAUAACUGUCACAAACUAUGUGAGACCAGUAUGCUUGUGGCAAGAUUCGGUGGAGUUGCAUUAUUUAGUGAAUCAACCAGGAACAAUUAUAGGAUGGGGCUACGACGAAGAUGGUGUUAUAACAGAUGAACUUCAUAAAGCAAGCAUGCCGAUAGUUUCAACGGAAACCUGUAUAUAUUCCUAUCCUGAUUUCUUUGCACGUUUUACUUCAAACACGACCUUUUGUGCUGGAUACAGAAACGGCACUUCAGCAUGUAAUGGAGACUCAGGAAGUGGGAUGGUAUUCCAAAAAACUAAACCACAAACUAGAAGCCAAGUUUGGCAGCUUAGAGGCAUAGUAUCUCUUAGUGUAGCCCUUCAAAAUCAAGCUAGAUGCAAUACAUCUCACUACGUGGUGUUCACUGAUGUUGCAAAGCAUGGUCCAUGGAUAAAAUCAGUGAUUAAUUCUAAUAGAAAUGAUAUUAGUGGUGAUAGAAAUUACUAUGAUCCGGUUAGAAAUAGGAGACAAGACAAUAAUUAAAGAAUAUAUCAAACUUUUGAAAUAGGUUAGUAGGUAUUAUACACAAUAAAUUUUUUUUAAUUUG